GACGUCACGGGCGCCUUCAGGGAGCUCCCGCAGCCUGCGACCUGAAGCGCGAGUCAGUCUGGGGGCACCGCUACCGGGCGGUGUGAAGCGCUGGGAGCCUCUACUUCACCAAGUCUGACUGGAGACUCAGUUACAGACUGCUGAAGGAAGCACACAGGUUAAGAGUCAUCGACGCCUGGAGGUGACAUCAUCAAAAAGCACCGGAAGUGGUCCGAAGAUGAAAAGUGUGAUUUACCAUGCCUUUUCUCAGCAAGAAGCAAAAGAACUGGAUAUUAAGCAUUCAAAAUCCAAGAGAGCUGAAGCCUUUGUGAAGGCCUUCCUGAAGCGCAGCAUGCCCCACCUGAGCCAGCAAGCUCGAGAGGACCAGCUGCAUCGCAAGGCUGUUGUUCUGGAGUACUUUACUCGCCGGAAGCGAAAGGAGAAGAAAAAAAAAUCCAAAGGCCUUUCUGCCAGACAGAGACGGGAACUGCGGCUCUUUGACAUUAAACCAGAACAGCAGAAAUACAGUCUUUUCCUCCCUCUACAUGAACUUUGGAAACAAUACAUCCGGGACCUGUGUAAUGGACUCAAGCCAGACACGCAGCCACAGCUGAUUCAAGCCAAACUAUUAAAGGCAGAUCUUCAUGGAGCUAUUAUUUCAGUCACAAAAUCCAAAUGUCCUUCAUAUGUGGGUGUCACAGGAAUCCUUCUGCAGGAGACAAAGCACAUUUUCAAAAUUAUCACCAAAGAAGACCGCCUGAAAGUUAUCCCCAAGCUAAACUGUGUGUUCACUGUGGAUAUUGAUGGCUUUAUCUCCUACAUUUAUGGGAGCAAAUUCCAGCUUCGGUCAAGUGAGCGGUCUGCAAAGAAGUUCAAAGCUAAGGGAACAAUUGACCUGUGAGCGCUUACUGCCUAAGGCAGGUGUUUAUGAUCAUAGAAAACUAGAAACUCCAAAAAAAUACCAUUUGAAGAAGAGGUGAGCACACUAGUUCUAGUUAUAGCCCAUAGUCAACAUCAGUAUUAAGGACUUUUAAUCACCUAUGAAGAAACUGUGCUAAGCAAAGAAUUCAAGGAACAAAGAGAUAUAUCCUUAUAGAUGACCUUGGUUUUGUGUUUUAUAGAGGAAAAAAUGCCAGGGUUAAUACUGGUUGACUUGGAUAGUGGGAAUACUAGGUUUAUAUUUCUUUGUGGUACUUUCUGAACUUUAUUUGAUGAAUCACAUGUUUAUCUUACAAUAAAAUGCAUGUAGGCAUAAACA